AUGAUGAAAAAAAAAUGUGGGUUUAGUUACAAUCUACAGUGGUGGAGGGUUAAGAUUAUUGUUUACAAGUGUCUUGGGGGUGGGAUGCCUUCCCAGAAUUCAUCUGUGUCUCUAGUAUUGCCACACACCCAGUUUAACAGUAUUAACAUGCUUGGGAAUGUGCCUAAUGUUUCUUCGUUGCUCCAUCAGUCUUUCGGUAAUGGGGGUCUAAAUUCUGGGCUCUCUGGACCGGGGAGCUCCCAACGGGGAAAUGUUGAUGGUGGGGCUGUGCCCGAUCCACUUUCCACUGCUGGAAAUGGAGUGGGAUUUAAUCCUCCUUCCUCAUCAUAUACAUCUUCUUCUAUAACAGCCAACCAAAAUUCAACUGGUCAAGUUCAAGGGCAACAACAAUAUGCAACCCCUUCUGGCAAUCAGACUUUAAUGGAUCAGCAACAGCAACAGCAACAGCAACAAGCCCAACAAUUUGAUCCCCAAAAUUUUCAACAGAAUCAGCAUCAGUUGCAGCAGUUUUCUGCUCCCGGCAACCCCCAACAACAGCAGCAGCAAUUCCACAAGAUGCGAGCUGGAUUAGGAGGCGUAGGACCUGUUAAGCUGGAGCAACAAGUGACGAAUGAUCAAACACCACAGCAGUUGCAAACUUUGCGGAAUCUUGGUACUGUAAAAUUGGAGCCACAGCAGAUGCAAGGUAUCAGAAGCAUGCCACCUGUCAAGAUGGAACCUCAACAUUCAGAACAGUCAUUGUUUUUACAUCAGCAACAGCAGCAGCAGCAGCAGCAGCAGCAGCAGCUCCUCAUAUCCAGACAGUCCCCUCAGGCGGCUGCAGCUGCACAGAUCUUGCAUCAACAGAGGCUAAUGCAUCUCCAACAUCAGCAACAACAGCAACUGUUGAAGGCUAUGCCUCAACAAAGACCCCCAUUACAAGCACAAUUUCAACCAAAUUUGUCAAUUAGAUCUCCUGUAAAACCAGUGUACGAGCCUGGGAUGUGUGCUCGGCGAUUAACACAUUAUAUGUAUCAGCAACAACACAGACCUGGAGACAAUAAUAUUGAGUUCUGGAGAAAAUUUGUUGCCGAGUAUUUUGCUCCCAAUGCCAAGAAAAAGUGGUGUGUUUCCAUGUAUGGAAGUGGCCGUCAAGCUGCUGGAGUUUUCCCUCAGGAUGUUUGGCACUGUGAAAUAUGCAAUCGCAAGCCUGGCCGCGGAUUUGAGGCUACUGUCGAGGUUCUGCCUAGACUUUUCAAGAUAAAAUAUGAAAGUGGUACUUUGGAAGAGUUACUUUAUGUCGAUAUGCCCAAGGAGUAUCAGAAUUCUUCUGGACAAAUUGUAUUAGAUUAUUCAAAAGCCACCCAAGAGAGUGUCUUUGAGCAACUUCGUGUUGUUCGCGAUGGUCAACUUCGAAUUGUGUUCUCUCCAGACCUCAAGAUAUGCUCCUGGGAGUUCUGUGCUCGGCGUCAUGAAGAGCUUAUUCCUAGAAGAUUGCUCAUACCGCAGUUUCCAGCUUCUGAUUUGUAUGUGCCCACUGCUGCUUUAUGGUUUCAGAUUAGCCAACUUGGUGCUGCUGCCCAAAAAUACCAGGCUGCAACCCAGAAUGGAUCAUCGAAUGUAUCUGUUUCUGAAUUACAAAAUAACUGCAAUAUGUUUGUUGCAUCAGCUCAACAGGUGGCAAAAGCUUUGGAAGUUCCGUUGGUGCACGAUUUGGGAUGUACAAAGCGAUAUGUUCGAUGCCUACAGAUAUCUGAAGUGGUAAAUAGCAUGAAAGAUUUGAUUGAUUAUAGCCGUGAAACUGGCGCUGGUCCUAUGGAGAGCUUGGCCAAGAUUCCUAGGCGAACAAAUACUUCACCUGGGAGUUUUCAAGGUCAGUUGCAACAAUCGCAGCAGCGGCUUCAAGUAAUGGGACCGAACUCGAACAAUGAUAGCACUUUCCAGGCUGCUUCAGUGCAACUUAUUACUGGCAAUAACAUGCCAGGUGUUAAUGACAGUCUGAACAUGGCUUCUGGAAAUUCCUCUACGAGUACAAUUGUUGGGCUUCAUCACCCGAAUUCCAGACAACAAAACCUGACAUCUAACACAAACAGUCCCUUUGGAGGAAAUACUGUUCAAAUGCCUUCCCCUGGUUCUUCAAAUACUAUGCCACAGCCUCAGCCUAGUCCUCCUUUCCAAUCACCAACACCAUCCUCAUCUAACAAUCCACAACAAACUUCAAAUGGAGCUCACAUGCAUUCUGUAAAUUCCCCAAAUGUCGUUAUGCGGCAGCCAACUCUUUCCAUGAAUGCAGAUGCAAAUGAUUCACAAAGCUCUGUUCAGAAAAUUAUACAGGACUUGAUGUCGAACCAGUUUAGUGGGGGUGGCAUGACGGGCAUUAGGACUGUGAGUAGUGAUGUGAAAAAUAUUAAUGGGAUGUUGUCAACAAGCAAUAAUGCUGGUAUAAGAAACGGUGUGGCCAAUAGUAAUCCAGGUAUAGGGGGAGUGUUUAGGAACGCGGGCAACGGAUUUGGCCAACCUGCCAUGGCCAAUGGGAUUCGAGCUGCAAUGGGUAGUAACUCUAUGAAUGGAAGAGAAGGGGACGUGACAAUGGCACGAGAUCAAAGCGCUAAUCAGCAGCAGCAGGAUCUAGGAAACCAACUACUUGGUGGUCUUGAGGCAGUUAAUGGUUUUAAUAAUCUUCAAUUUGAUUGGAAGACGUCUCCCUGA